CCAACAAGACGGUCAAGACCCCAUCCAUCCAUCCAUCGAUCCAGAUUCCAGAUGGAACCAUCAACAUCAACAGCCAACCAGACAACCCAAACAGGAACAGGAGAACCAGUACGCAACCUACGAAACAACCGAUUCCUAGCCAAAGCCAAGAUCAGAAACAACCAGAUCAGCUUCAAGGGAGAUCGUGAAGAUCCCACUGAAGCCACCAACAACAGUCCUAAAGCCAACAACAAUAGCAGAAAACGAACGAGAGAUGGCAGUGUACGAGACAGUAGGAACGCAAGCCAAUCAGUGGGCACAUCAUCAUCCUCGAAGAAGAAGGAGACACCCACGGACCCGACAGGCGCGUCCCUCAAGCCGCUCCCUAAACGGGUCCGCAACUUCGUCGACUACGAUCUCAGUACGAUGAAGAACUCCAAGGGCGGGUUCCUGUUGGAGAACGAGGAGGACGAUCCGCGGGCGAUCAAACAGCGUCAGCAGAUCGAGCUGCUCAAGAAACAGCGGCUCCAACAAGCAAAGCGACUUAAUCAGGACCCUAGUUUGUCGCUCGAUAAGACCCAGAAUCCUACUUGUACCGUGUGUGGAUCAGUCGAAUUGGAUCUCCAGUUGUUCCAGGUCUUCAGUGUCCCGGUCUGUCGCAAGUGUAAGAACGAGCAUCCAGAGCGAUUCAGUCUAUUGACCAAGACCGAAUGCAAACAGGAUUAUCUCUUAACUGAUCCGGAAUUGAAAGACAGUGAAUUAUUGCCGCAUCUAUUGAAGCCGAAUCCGCACCAAUCGACCUACUCGAACAUGAUGUUAUUCCUGCGGGAACAAGUGGAAGCGUAUGCGUUUUCGGAGAAGAAGUGGGGCUCGGCGGCGGCCCUGGAUGAAGAGUUCGCACGCAGGGAGACGAGCAAGAAGCAGCUCAAGAACAAGAAAUUCGAGGCCCAGCUCAAGGAGCUCAGGAAGAAGACCCGCUCCAACGUCUGGCAUCGUAGACAGGAGGACAUCCAUGUUCAUUCCUUCGUCAACAUCCCCAAACCCUCUGACUCUCUUGGCCCAGUCCUCCAGAAAUGCUCCGGCUGUGGCUUGCAAAAUGAAGUCGAAACUUUUUGAACUUCUUAUCUUCCUUUUCUUCUGAGCUCAUCAUCCACAGAUUCAUACAUAUCUUUUGAAAUAAACUCAUCUGGGUAUUUUUUUUGUUUUGUUUUGGCAAUAAAAAAACACAAUGUAACCUUUUGCAGAGGAAAGCACCUUUCCUUCCUUAUUUUCGGUUUUGUUUGUACUUUUUUUUCGUUUUGGAAUCUACAUACACAACA